CCCCGCCCCCUCCUCGGGGAUGCCGGGAUGUUUACAGCCGCGGCCGCAGCAGCGGGGGGCGGGCAGCAGGCCGGGGCCGCCGCGGGUGCCCGAGCCGCCCGCAGGGAGCCUGCUAGGCGCCCGCAGCGAGCGUGCGGCCCGGCCCCGGCCGCCGAAGAGAGGGGCGGGAGACGAGGCCGCUGCGGGCCGGCGGCGCCGGGAGCAGGUGGAGCCGCGCUGCCUGCUGCCUACCUUCUGCUGCCUCGCCCCAGACCUUCCCCAAGUGCCUGCUGAGACAGAAGGCUGCAACUCUGAAGGUCGUUUUGGGAAUUCAGGCUGGCUCCUGCCUGCGUGCCGUCAGCGUUAAACGGGGACGGGAGAGGCCGGUCGGUGUUGCUGACCUGACAGCGUGGGCCAGGUUUGACCAGCAGGACGGUCCCUCCACACAGCCGCCUUUUCCUUAGGUGAUAAAAGGAUCUUCAGAAAUUAAUAGAAGAAAAUUCCUUAAACUCCUCAUGGAUUCCUCUCCCAGGAUUUGUGUGAAGCAGUCGCAACUGUCUAAACCUCAGUGGACCUAACUGGAGAAUUUAGAACACAAAGGGCGCUUUUAUGUGAUAGAAUGGAUGAACAGUCACAAGGCAUGCAGGGACCUACAGCUCCACCGUUUCAGCCACAGAAAGCUUUGCGACCUGACAUGGGCUAUAAUACGCUUGCCAACUUCCGAAUAGAGAAAAAGAUUGGCCGUGGGCAGUUCAGUGAAGUUUACAGAGCAACCUGCCUGUUGGAUGGGGUGCCAGUAGCACUGAAAAAAGUUCAGAUGACACUGACUAGACCUAGGCUAAACCCAGGCAAGAAAAAGUACAUCUCUACUGCUACCACUAUAUUUGAUUUAAUGGAUGCCAAAGCCCGUGCUGACUGCAUCAAAGAAAUAGAUCUUCUUAAGCAACUGAAUCAUCCAAAUGUAAUUAAAUAUUAUGCCUCAUUCAUUGAAGAAAAUGAACUGAACAUAGUGUUGGAAUUGGCUGAUGCCGGAGAUCUCUCUAGAAUGAUAAAGCAUUUUAAGAAACAGAAGAGGCUGAUACCUGAAAGAACAGUUUGGAAGUACUUUGUUCAGCUUUGCAGUGCAUUGGAACAUAUGCAUUCUCGUCGUGUCAUGCAUAGAGAUAUAAAACCAGCUAAUGUGUUCAUUACAGCUACAGGGGUUGUAAAGCUUGGAGACCUUGGGCUGGGACGAUUUUUCAGCUCCAAAACCACAGCUGCACAUUCUUUAGUUGGUACCCCUUAUUAUAUGUCUCCAGAGAGAAUACACGAAAAUGGUUACAACUUCAAAUCUGACAUCUGGUCUCUAGGCUGCCUGCUGUAUGAGAUGGCUGCACUGCAGAGUCCCUUUUAUGGUGAUAAAAUGAACUUGUACUCCCUAUGCAAGAAGAUAGAACAGUGUGACUAUCCACCUCUCCCUUCAGAUCACUAUUCAGAGGAACUGCGACAAUUAGUUAAUAUGUGCAUCAACCCGGAUCCAGAGAAGCGACCAGACAUAACCUAUGUCUAUGAUGUAGCGAAACGUAUGCAUGCACACACUGCAAGCAGCUAAGUGGACAUCAGAUCAUGAAGAAAAGAACAGAAAUAUUCAAGUAUUUUAAAUAGAUCAUCCCACCUUUUUCUUUGAGUGUUACAGAAAUGUAAUUAUUUGAAGCUUAUUGUCAUGCUUUGAAUUGUAAACCAAUUUAUAUACAAGCUUUGUUUUCUGUUUAUUUUUAUUUUUUGUAUUUUUUUUAACCAACUUGCAGUUUUAAAACAGGUUGAAAUAUGUAAAGCAUAACCUUACCAGGAACCACGGUUUUCCAUGUAAAGUGAGUUCAAAUGUAUUUUUCUUUAGUAACAAAAUUGUAUUCAGUUGGACCUUAGUUCUAAAACAGAGUUGCACUUUUGCACAUGAUACAGAUAUUAGGCUUAUUAUUCAGAAACAAAUUUCUGAAUCUCUCACAUUUUUAAUAAUUUAUGGAAGAUAUGAAUCAGCACAGUUAAAUUUAUUAUUUUAAUCUUUGUUCUGAAAGGGACAUAAUUAUUGUAGAAGGUUAUUGUAUUUUAUACUGAAUUGUAGUUGCAGUUCUCAACAUGAGGAGCCUGAUGAUCUGAGUAGUUCCAUGCUUGCUAUGUGUAAUGAGAAAAGUUACUGGGAAAAACUGUCACGCACUGAAAUUUUUGUAACAUCCCUUUUCGUUUUGUUAUUCUGGCAUAAUGCAUAUAAAAAGUAUGUUGAAAGUUUGGGUGGGGAAAUUUAAAGUGUUUCUGAGAUCGGAUCAUUUUCAGUAGACUCAUGCAGCACUGCCCUGAAGCAAUAGGAAUCUAUGUAGUUAAGUGCUAAAGUCACGCAGAUGCUUUUUGCAGCAGAUAAGGAGCCUUUGAGGCUAGCAUAUAUGAGAAAAUCCAAUCUAAAAGAUGCAAAGCUUAAGUUACAACUUCCCAACUAUUUAUAUAUAUAUGUCACUGUAGAUUUUUGUAUUUAAAAGUGAAUGACCUUACAGUACUAUAUUUAAAUUUUAAAAAUGCUUUUAUAAUCCAGAAGCCUUUUGGAAUUUUGUGUACAAAAAUACAAAUGUACUCUUCGUGAAUAUCUGAUUUUAUAUACUGUAUGUAUCCUGAGAAGUAGUUUUAUAUUUAGCACAAGUAAAUUUUAGCUUUUACUUUAAAUGAAAGUUGCCACUCCUUCAUUUGGGAAGUAAAUAUAUGUGCAAAAUAUUUACCAAUACUUUAUUAGUUGAAAAUGAAAAUUGGAAUCUUUUGGUUAAAACCUAAUACCCUUUUGGAUAUGCUAAAGUAAUAUUUUUAUUGUUAAGAACAAGACACUCUUUCCUUAACAAUAUGCUAUAAUUGAGUUUGAACUGAAUUUUUUUGAGUUUCAAGACACAUUUUUUUGAGAAUAUACAAACACAGAAUUGCCAGUGAAACUGCUAAGAAGUUAAGGUUGGUUAAAUCUUUUCUUUAUAUAGGUACGAUGAGGUUGAUUCAAAGAAAAGCUGCAGUACGUAUGUGUACAUAAGGGUUCUAUAUACAGUCAGUCCCCUGCACAGUCAAUUUUUGUGUGUGACUUUAAAGACACUAUAAUAUUGUAUAGUGAACACAAUACAGCCAUACAUCUGUGGCCUAGACCAAUUCUUUUGAUUUGACAUAAUGCUCCCAAAAAAAAAAAAAAUCCAACUGUGGGUUUUUUGAAAAAAAUUCAAGCUUGGUCAGGGUUUUUUAUUUUAUUUUUUUAAUUAGAAGUAGUAAGGAAAUUCUGUUUGGGAAAAUACAGAAGUUUUGAAAUAGUGAAUAUACCAGAUCCUUCUACUUCUAUUUCUGUAUUUUUGUUUCAAAAUUUUGUAGAAUGAAUCCUUAGUUUUCCCUCUAGCUGCUGUAUAUCCUGAAUUUAAUCUUUUAAGACUUCAGUGGGGCAACUUAUGGGAAUGAAGUAUUUAAGAGACCUGGAAGGAUUAAUGCCUUGGUUUGUGUCAGUCAGUCAGUCUCUCUCUCUCUCUCUCUCUCUCUCUUUUAAUUGAUUUUUUCCAACCACUGAUUUUAAAAAAUGACAGUGGUAUUCUGUAACAAUAGUUCAUAUAACAAAGUGAAAUGGUUUUUAUUGGAAUAGGCCACAGUGUAGGACUUGCUUGACUGCCAGGAUUAGCUCUUAAUAUGCAUAUGUACUCAAGCCAUUCUUUUCUGAAAUGAAGUAGAAUAUUUAAAAAUCACUGAAAAACCCAAACACAACUAGAUUAUUUGCAUCUGGCAUUAUGUAGCAAGUAUUAGCAUUUUUUCCUGAAAGAAAUCAAGAACAAAUCCUCUUCCACUCCUGUUUUGGAAGGGCAAUUUGAGUAAAGACAUCGUGAUCAGUUACGGUUUAACAAAUGUACCUAAUUCAGUGUUUAACUUUUUUUUUUUAAUUAUUGAUGAUUAAUCAUUUGCUGAGUAAGAGUAGUAGUUGUUCCUAUUUUAAAACCACUCUAAAACAAGUGGUACAGAUGACUGGUACUGACCUUGGUAAUUGAGUACCCCCCAAGGGUUAAUAGAACUACUUACAUAACUGGGGAUUUGUAGAAUCUAUCCCUCAAGUAAAUUACCUAGUAACAUAUGAAAAUGAUAAUGUCUGUUAUAAGACUUAUAUUUCUGCUUUCUGCUAUACUUUUGUAAAAUUUUAUUUUACAAAACACCGUUCUAAUUUUCAUAUGUUGAUGAUGGCACUUGGCACUAUUUAUUUUAAGCUUCUGGCUUUACAUGUUUUUUUUGUUUAAAAUGAAUGUUACAUUUCUAACCUAAAUGUCUGACCAGCUACUCCUUUUAUUUCAGUAGUACUACAGUAUUAACUUGCUUCAUGAAAUAGUGAACUUUGUGCUUUGAAUGACAUUACUUAAAACCUUUGUCUUGAGUCUUGAAGGCUCCCCUGCUGUGCAGUAGCCUAACAGAAAUAAAACGUACAGAUAUUUAAUACGAUGUAAAAAUGAUAGUGCUUCUAUGAUAUUUUCUCAAACUCUUCUUAUUACAGAUGUAUGUGUUACAGUAGAUGCUACGUAUCUUGUGGACAGUUUACUGCUUCAAGUAGUUGAUUAUAGGUGAGUUAUUGUCUGUCACAAAAGAAAGUACAUUUAAAAAAUCUUUUUGAUACUAUAGCAAAAGUUAUAUCUAAAAAGAGUACAUUAGCUAUAUUAAAAAUUAACCCAAAAGUUUUUAUAUCUCAUAUUUAAAAACAGAAUCUAUAAUUAUUUUCAAGCAGUAUGAAAAUAAUCUGAAAAGCAUAAAAUAUUAACACCCCCCCCCCCCAACUCCUAUUAUUGCCCCGGUCCUGUGAACUCGUGACCCUUGUGCUUUUUAUGGAAUUCUGGUAAUUCUUAGUGAACCUGUUUUACACACAGUGAGUAAAUAGGAACCAGUAGGGUGUGUAUAUAAAGAACUUCUCUGCUCAGCUCACUUUUUAGACUUUUUGUACUUUACUGUUUUGGUAGCACAGACUAACGUAUUUUUUCCUCUUCUGUAUAUUCUAAUGAUACAGCUACCGACUCCAUGAGUAUGUGCUAUUUUUGUAACGAGCAAAAACUUUCAAAACAUGCCAAUAUGCAGAAAGAUGAAGAACAGUAUUAGAAGUGUUGGAGAAGGCUGGUGUUUUAUUCAUGCUCAUGAUUAAGAAAGGCAUAAAGAGUGAAAUUCUUGACAGAGGCUUGGAAACAGAGAAGACAGACUUGUUAUGCCAGUGGUUCUCGGGUAUCUCUGAAUAGGACCCAAAAUUGCAGUGAUGUUUCUCUUAACAACCCAUCCACCCAGUCGGUCUUAGCUGUUGUGCAGCAAGGUGGGCUGCAUUCAAACACUGGCAGCGAGGGCUGUGUGGGGUACUCGUGGCUCCAGGAGCCAGAGGCUGAUGUGAGGAAGAGUCAGUGAAGGCCUUUAGAUCUUGACUUAUGGAGAGUUAAUUUAAUUGGGAAGUAAAGGCACUGGACAGCAGAGUACAAAUCACUAGCUUUUCUGUUAUUAUUCUCUAACAGUGCAAAGCUUUUUUUCCAGCCCCUCCAGAUCCCCACAUCAUCUAGUAAGUGAGCGUUAAUCUUUUGAAUAUCUGAUCUGUGGUUUGGUCUGGAUGAAUUACUAAACCUUUUUGCCAAGAUCAUCCAGCAGAAGUAGCAACUUCAAGAAUGUGGGAAAUACAGGUAUUGGCCAUGCCCGUUGAUUUGUUACUUAUGUUUCCAAUCAUUCAGAUGUGGAUUUUUAAGGUUCUUUUUCAAACUUUACACCUUUUCUUGAACCUUCUUUCUUUUAAUUGCUUCCCUUUCAUAAUCACUACUGCACUCCUGCCAUUCCUGUCUCCUGUUGCCUGUGCUUCAUCUUUCUGAUGACUGUUCCACAGUCCUCCUGCUUUGAAGCCAUCUGUGUCUAGUUUUCCUUCCUGUGACCUUUUCUUAGUGACCAUUAGUUUGCAUUUCUGACUACUGUUUCUUUCCUUGGGACUGUACUAAACUCUGCACAUUCCCGUCUUCUCAAAUUUUAUUCUUCAUCAUGGGUAACCCCUAUUUUUUUUGUUCUGAUAACUACUCUGUUGUCCUUCACUCUGUUUUUCCAACCACCUUCUUUGAUUUCUAGCUUUAGACAGACUUUCUUGCUACCUCAGUCACUUCCAUGACCUUGUCUUUACUAAAUACUGUUCUCUUUAUUAUCUCUCAUCUCUAAAUUCUUUCUCUCUGAUCACUACUUGCUCUCUUUCAGCAUAUCUGUCUUUCUCUCUCCUCCACCCUGUCACUCACUCCUUUUGGGAUCUCCAGUCAAUUAACAUUUCUGACUCCUUUACUCUUCUCAGCUGCCUUCUUGCUUCAUUGGCCUCACUUCUUCUGACUCCCUGGUCUUUAUUUUCAUCUCUGUCCUCUUCUCUAUGUGUGAUUUCUUUGGUCACUUUCUUGCACUGUCCUGUCUCCAUUCUCUCCCCGGACAUUUUUUCUUGUAAUUUUGGAAUUUUCAUUCCUGCCUUCCUGAAUAGUUCUGAAGAGUAUGUCAGUACAAUGCAGCUUUGGGCUCAGCUCAGCCUUACCUGUUGUAAUUUUCCCUCCAAAUGGAUUUUUAAACCACUUUUAUCCCACCCUUUUUUUUUUCUGUUGAGCUUGCUUCCAGAUUUGUCUUUCAUUUUAGUUAUCCACCCAGUCUUUAUUCAAAAGGUAUCUUCAAACCAAACCUAAUAUUACAUGGCAAGAUCUUUCGUUCUAUUUAAAAAAAAAUUUUCUACUUUUUCAGUGUGGGUUUCUGAAGUAGGCCCCUCUACCUCCUAACUGUUAGUUUGCCCCUUUUAUUUCUGUAUUAUCUUCUGUGUAUCUGUCACUCCUUUCCUGAAUGACUUCUUCCUCUUUAAAUUCUUUUAAUAUCAUGUUCUGUCUGUCUUCAUUUCCUUUACUUGCAACCAUGUUUCUGUUUUUCCUCUUUCUUGAAGGGGGUGGCACCCAUUAUUUUAACUGGUUCUCUGAUAAUACUUUGCCCUUUAUUCCUCAUUUAGCAUCCCCUCGUAUUUCCUGUGCCUGAACCCUCCCAUUCCUCUCUCCACUUUGUUUUCAAGGUUUUGGCUUUUAUUUGGAUGCCACAAAAAUCUAGUACUUCCUUCCCCAGUUUGGUUUUCCUACAGUUCCAUCUCCAGAUGACUUCUUGGAUAUCCAGCCACAGUCUUAGACCUGUUGAUUCAGAGAUCCAAUUUUUAUUCCUAACUUCCUUUAAAUUUUUUCUAACAUCUGACAAUUUUACCUGCCUCUGUAUGUUCCAGGGCCCCAACCUUUCUAUCUUUGACAUUUUUUUUUCCCACACCUGCGUAUGAGAUGUCUCAUGAAGUGUGAGGUGUUUUUUUCUUAGGUAAUAUCAGAUUCCGUACCUCUUCAUUGUCCAUGUUCUUCUUUCUUAUUUUGACUGCUUUAACCUCUGUCAUUUUGACUUCUUUCCUUCCUUCAGGUAUCCAAAUCAACAGGACUAAAGUACAGUCUUGGGGCUUGAGCUGCUUCAUGCUCUGAAGAAGGAGCUCCACCAAAUUACUAAUUGUUUUGGUUUUUUUAAGACACUUCAGUCCCACCUAUUUGAUGUUACUACAGAGCUAUGGACUACAGAGCUAUAGUAGCUCUUACUCCACCAAGUACUUUAAAUCAAAAUUCCUUCAACUGCUCCCUGAUUUACUGUUUCCUACAGUUUCAGAUAAAACAUUCUUGCCUUUCAUUUCUUUAUAUAUUUACCAUAUUCAGUUUUGUUUACCUCUGCUUAAAGUUAAGGCUGUAACUUAGAGCUUCUUUGGCUGGAUCUAAAGUGAGCACUCAGCACAAUGCUAUUCUUUGUAACUGCUCCACAAUUAGACCUGUUUCUCUUAUUUGCUGUCCUCCAUCUUGUUUAACUGAAGAUGAAUAUUACACUUUAAGGUAGUGUAGAUACAGUUAAGCCAGCUAGAAAGCAAACAGCUUGUGUGCUUGUAGCAGUACUGACUUAGGAAGAGCCAAGUUUUUAUUUGUCGUGUAGGUCUAAGACUGAGCUCUGUGCUAUACUGCAUCCACACAGACCUAGUUUGAAGCCAAAUUGGAUAUGUCUGCAGUGCGCUGCAUUGUUUUCUAUGCAGAUGUGCUGUUUGCCUUUCCAGUUGUAACAGGGUUUCAGACUUAGACUAUAUGUUUGUAUAGACUCACUGUUGAUCAGAUUAUCUGCCCUCUGAUUACUUGUAGUAUUUAUAUACUUAAAUGUGUAUUGAGGUUGAGAAGCACGGGAUGUAUUAUUAAUUUUCCAUAAAGCUAAAAGUUUGGGCUUUUGGUCUGUAGGAUAGUGACCUGAAUGUCAACUUCAAUAUGGGUGUGUGUGUAUGUAUACACACAUUUAAUAGCUAUUUAUUUGCAUCAGAAUAACUCUCUUCUUUUAGAGGAUCAGUUGCCUGUUAGAACAAAGCGAAAUCUUUUUUAAAUGUUUCCAAGUUUUACUUUUAUUCUUUGUAGUCUGUUUGUAUAGCAUUCUACCAACACUGAAUUUGUUCUUCUACAACUACCUUAAUGAUGCAUGGAGGCCUUUCACCUUUUGUCUAAUAGAAAUCUUCUUUUAAUAUGGAAAUAAAAAGAAAUUAGGUACAUUGUGUUCUUCCUGAUGAUAGUUUCACUUGUUUCUCGCUUAAAUCCUAGCAAUAGAAAGAGGCCUCAAAUUGGACAGACAUGGUCCCCAAGGAAGUGUAGAGAUGUUCUGGGAGUCUCUGCUUCCUCUCCAUCUUCCAGAUGCUCAUUCUGUGCCUUCCUUGCGGCAUCUGCUGGGGGCACAGCACAGCCAGGGCUAAUAGGAACUUGGAAAAUAAGUAAUAUCUUGACACUAUUUUAUGCUCCUGUGGUGUCUUUUUUGAGCGUGAAUCGGAAAUCUCCCAUUUAAAAAAUGGCUAGAAAGAUCUCUGGUAACAUUAUACAGUCAUUUAUUACUCAUUACACAUUUAGUAUUAAAAAUGUGUGAUUGCUGAACAAAGGGAAUCUUGAAUUACGCAAAAGCUCUUGGUUUGACUUUAAAGAUAUAGCAUUGGUACUCUUCUGUGCACUUCAAUUGUUUUCAGAAAUGCAGGACCAUUAUAAAGAUGAUUAUUAAAGAGGAGUAUUGAAUUUUCUGGUAUAAGAUUUGGUUGGGAGAGGGUUCAGAAGGGAAGAUCUGGUUGACUUGCUUGUAUUUGGCUGCUGAUUGUUUAAGUCGUAGAAUUAUUCAGGUUGGAAGGGACCUUGGAAGAGGUCUCUAGUCUAGCUACCUGCUCAGACAGGGUCGACACUGAAUUCAGACCAGGAGACACAGGGCUUCUACCAAUUGGAUCUUGAAAACCUGCGAAGACAGAGAUCCUGCAGUCUGUCUGGGCAGCCUGUUCCAAUGCUUAGCCAUCCUCAUAGCAAAUUUUUUCUCCUGUGUUUUGUCAGAACCUCCUUGGUUUCAAAUUAUCACCAUUGUUUCUUGUUCUCCUGCUACUCCUCAAAUAUUUUCUGUUAUAAAAAAGGUAAGUCAAAUAUCGAAAUAAACAAAGAACUUAGGAUGUUUAUUUUCUGAAACAGUUGUUAAAGACAAAUGUAUAUGUUCAUGUAGUACUUCUGUAUCCCAUUUGAUAUGCACACUAUUCAUUUACUACUUGAGUGUGAAAUAAAAUGCUGGCAGUAAAACUUGA